CAAAAUAAAUAAAUAAAAAGAACCAGCCUACCCCCGGGCUUUGGCCCACUAAACCAUCAGGCCGGCCCACCCUCACCGAACCCUCCUCUCUCUCCUAUUCACGCGACCAGGUCGCUACAGGGGCUUGGUCGCCGCCGCACCCUCUCGCCGACAGUGCCGGGAGGGGAUAAGGGCGCCACGCCCCGACCCCUCGAUCCCAUCCCCCCACUCCUUCCCUCUCUCCCUCCCCACAGAUCUCCCAUGCCCCAAGCACGUCCAUGGCCGCGUCAUCAUCGUUCCCAUGGCCGGAGCCGUCCCCGACCCAUGAGGUUAUGCUCUGCAGCUCCGUUGACCUCGUCUGCAUCGCCUACAACCUUCGGUUCGAGCUGAAGCCCUCCACAACCUCGCCAUCUGGUCGUCUUCCCCGCCACGGCCACGGCGCCAUCGCCGUCGAUCUCCAUCACCGGUGCCUCCCGGCGGUUCCAGGCACGUCCACGACCUCCCUCGAAAUGCUGGAGCCCUGGAGCCAGACGCCACCAUCGAUGACGACCCCCUACUACACCGGAGGUGCCUACUACUACGUGCAGCCCGCUGACGACGACCAGGAGUAGUUAGGAGGAUCCCAG